AUGGGCGGCGACAAGCCAAGCAAAAAAGGGAAAGACGAGCGAGGAAUGAAUCGUCGAAAUCAGGGCGAGAACACUAGUAGUAGACAAGAAAACCAGGAAGAUGCUGGUCUGGGUGGACAAGGUCAGGGUGGCGGUCGUGGUCGUGGUGGUGGCCGUACUGGAGUCUGUAGACAACCAUGGGAAGAAUCUUUCAGAAGGCUACUGGAGUUUCAGCGCAGGUUUGGACAUUGCAGAGUUCCGAACAGAUACGCAGAAGACAAGGCGCUUGGCAGUUGGGUAUCAACUCAACGGAACAACCGGAGGCAUUUGAAUGAUGGCAGAUUGUCAGCGCUGGCUAGAGAGAGGAUCAGGCGACUCGAUUCAAUUGGUUUCAGCUGGGGUGGUAGGGAUGACGCUGACUUGGACUGGGAGGAUCGGUUCCAAGAGAUGUUGAGAUACAUGCGGCAACAUGAUACCACAGAGGUGCCAACCAACCAUGCAGAACACCAACGACUGGGGCGAUGGGUGACUGCUCAGCGGCAAGAAUACAAGCAGUUUGAACGGGGUAACAAGUCCAAACUGAACGAUGACAAAGUGCAGCGCCUCGAUGCGUCUGGCUUCAAGUGGGUGGUCCAACGAGGGAGGAAAUCAACUAGAAAAUCGGCCGCGGCCACUCGGCAGCACGUACCAAGCAGUAUUCGAGAGAGUCCACCAGCACAACAAGAUUGGCCCUCUAAUCAGCCCAAUGGUGAGCUUCAAGUGUUGUCCGCUCCUUCCCAAGCUGCUGAAGCUGCCGCGUAUGCUCCUACAGAACUGGAAAGAUCCCAAGAAGCAGGUGCACUCGGUUCAGAAGGACUUGCUGGGUCAACCUUUCAGGCGGGCCAAGGUCAAAGCUUUGGGCAAAAGAGCCAACCUUCAGAGGGAGGGUUGACUGCGGCUAGAGCUCCAGCAUCGUCGGGCCCAUCCGCAAAUACAUGGGAGCAAAUUGUUGCGAGGGAGUUGAAUCAUAGUUCUGGUAGCCCAUCCGUCGGUGGACAACAACAAACCCCUCAAGACCUGCAAUCCGUCGCUGCUGCGGUCAAGCAGCCAACCACCUCUGCAUCCACCUCCGCAGCCACGGGACAUCACGCUUAUAUCACCGCUGAAUUGGUUGCCUUCUUGGACGAAAAUCCGGCAACUGCAUCUAAGCUGUGGGAAGUCUUGAUUCGACAGGUCAAUGCAUCGAAUGAAUCUUCCAGCUCUGGAUUGACAGUGAAUCAAAAUACUUCUACUGCUCAUAUCUCUGCAUUCUUGAACCAAUGUCAACUGCAGGGACUCAUGGCUCAACUGGCCAACGCAUCAAGUGAAUCUUCCACGUCUGCAUCCGCAGGAAAUCAAAGUAUUGACAUUGCCCAAUUGUUUGAGGCCUGGAACCAGCCUCCAAAUCUUGAUCCUCGAGCAACUUUGAGGCUGCUGAAUGAAGCACUGUCAAACUAUGCAACCGUCAGCGCGAUAACUGGUUUGUUCCCGAUACUAAAUGAGUUGGCUAACCGGCCUCCAGCCAGUGGGCAGGGUGAACUCUCGGGUCUCCAAUCCAAUCAGCUGCUCCUCAAUCCAUCUGCUGCUAUGCAGCCAGAUGACUCGACUCAACAGGCUGCACUAGGUCCGUCACUUAAUGAUAAUAAUAUGUUGCCAGCACAGGGAGAAUCUUGGUCGAAUGGUGAAAGGACAGCUGAGACGCCAUCACAGCCAGCUGCGCCUGCACAUCCCCAGAACCGGCAAACCAAUGACCUGUCCGCGGUAUUGGCGGUUCUUGCAGAGGCCAAUAUCGACGUGACAUCAUUGGUGCAAUCGCUGUAUACAGAGAAUACUGUUGGGGUUGCAGCCGCGAGUCCUGCCCCCAAUAUCAGGCAAAAUGAGUUUCCGCCGUCGGCGUUUGCUUAUCCGCAGCAGCAACAGCAAUCGGCGCUGUAUACAGAGAAUACUGUUGGGGUUGCAGCCGCGAGUCCUGCCCCCAAUAUCAGGCAAAAUGAGUUUCCGCCGUCGGCGUUUGCCUAUCCGCAGCAGCAACAGCAACAGCAAUCGGCCACCCAGAGCACCGGCGAAUUGUUUUCGGUUCAAAGGAUAUUGCCCAAUUUGCAAUCUUUUUCCAAUUUCGGCUCGUCCAAUACUUCCACUGGGUCUCCCGUGCCCGCUCCUGGAGUAAGCGUUGGCGGACCGUCCUCACAUGGGCCACUAACCAACAGCACCGAAUCGAAUCUGAGCGAUCAAUCAGCUAUCAUUUCUUUGUUGCGUGAGGCAUUGCAGGAGAAUGGCGCCAUGCAGCUGCCAAACAGCACUUCUGGCACAACCGCCGAGACAAAUGUUCCAAUUCAUCCACCAACAUCAGCCCAAACGCAGGACCAAGCAUCAGGAACGACACUGGCCUCUCCGGCCACCACUGGUAUUGGCGAUUUGCAAAAUGUCAUUCAGGCAUUGAUAGCUUCGUGGGAGUGGGGGCAAAUCUCUGACGAUCAAGUUGUACAGGCCUUUGCCGCUCUACUAUUGCCGAACUCUGCUGUUCAUGGUGAGUUGACUUCUGCUUCGUCAGCUUUGGUUUUCCAGGCAGAUGCCUUUCGCCAGAUGAUACCAACACAAGACCCUAACCAGGGAGCACAAAUGAGGGAGAGUCCCCGUGGAGUGCUCGAGGCUGCGCUGACAACCUUACUUCAGUCUCUCGCUUUGCAGCCCACACAGGGUCGGCCACCCGAACCAGCGCCAUCGUUUGCGGCAGCCCCUCCAGUUGCGGCAGCGGCGGCGGCAGCUCCCGCGGCAAACUCUGAAGAGCUUUCCCCGGCAAUGAUGCGCUUGUUGCAAUCCUUUGAGGGGGCCGUUCCCCAGCAGCAGCAACCAAGGGAUCCCAACGAGGGAACCUUCAGGGAGGAGGAUGACAGGAAGCCAGCUGCCAAGCCGAGUGCGAAACGGACUAGAAGGAAGUAG